UCUGUAGAAAAUGGCGGCGCCCUUAAGAAAAGUGCACAAAAUAACUUUCAAAGAGAGAUUGGACGCUCUUGAAUGUCCAUUUACGGAAAGUUUGGAUGAGGCUACAACAUCAGAUAUCCUACUCAGUCCAGGAGAGAGUAGAUUCAAAAUUUUACAAUGGUUAUUUUCCAGAUAUGAUUCCUCAUUAGCUGAAAUGCUGGAUCCCUCGCAGCCUUCAUUGGGAGCUAGAAAUGAAUCUAGAGUUCAACGACUUUUGACGGCUGCUUCGGCAAUGUGUUUGUGCCGUUACGAUGAUGUAGAGCUUAUACGAGGAGAUAGUCCACUACCAAAACAGAUACAGUUUAUUGAUAGAUUACUGGACUUGGUCUGCAUUAGAGAUAGUGAGUUCAACCAAGAUACAUCAAGACCAGAGAAUCCUAACUCUUACCUAGAGGAAAUUGUGAAUCAGGAGGGAUUCUCCACAAUGUUGGAUACAAAAGUGGAUCUGUUACCAAAGGAUAUCCAGACUGAAGUUGAGAAAAUGUGGCGCAAGGAAGGCUGGAAGGGAGAUAAAGCCUAUCCGGUAUCUACCUUAGAGGAUUUGAAUGAUCUAUCAAACAAUUUGGGUACAGCCUUAGAGAAACAAACUGCAACAUUAAAUGGUUUAAAAGCGAAGCUAACUCUGCAAGGUGAGAGCAAGAACCAGGAGGUUAUGACCACGACCCACAUGCUGUCCACAGUGCUGAAAGAACUGCGUCAGCUGGCUGAGGGCUUUACCCAGUGCUACGAGUCCAGCAUCAGCCAGUGGUGCAAUAAAACACCACCAGAGUUGUCUGACCUUGGGCCUGUUUUAAAGAGGGUUCAUGGCUAUCUACAACAGUUUAUCAAGCUUCUCACAGAUAUUAAUAAAAUUCGACAAAUUCAUUCUAAAUUGAGUAAAAAGUCAAAGUCUGACCUAGAUGUCAGGUUCCAGGUUUUAGAUAGCACAUCAAGAAAAGUCUCAGACAGUUUCCAGAGCUGCCUGACAGUGCUAGAGGAAACACUCCAUAGAUCUGAGUCUAACUUCACAUCCCAGCAUCCCCCUGUGAUCGUGUUGUGAUGGACAUAUUGAUGUUGUUGUUUACAUUUGUCUCCGGCAGCUCUCAGCUUCACUCAUUCUUUCAAUGUUAAAAUGAUGGUAUUUGUGGCACAACUUUUUCCUGUGAGAAAUUUUUGUUUACCACUGACAAAAUAGAGCACGUUUAUCAUCAUGUGCCAAAUGAUCGAAAUAAAUAAUUACUAGUACUAGCUUUGAGUAAAGUAUGUAUUUUUUAUAAUAAACUGUGCAUGUUUACUUCUGUACAUAAAAGGUAGACUUGUCUCCUCAUCCAUUCCAGCCCUACAGCCCACAUAAUAUAAAGCUCUGAUCCAUGUCAACUCCCUAACAGACUUUAGUUGUAGCCACAUAAUCUACAUUAUUUAAUGUGCCUGCCUGAAAAAUAAAAAAUUGUAUGCAAGUUUUAACCGCAUGGUGCCAUUGUACAUUGUUUUCAAUGUUCAAGCUUGUUUUAAAAUUGUAUAUUUUUAUGCAAAUUAAACUGUAAAUGCUGUUAAAAUGUAUAUUUUAUAAAUAUGCAUAUAUUAUUAAUUACUAUUUCA